CUCAAUACUAUCUCUCUCAGCCUCUUACCAUCUCCACCAUGUCUGCCCCAACAUCGUCCUUUCGCACUAUCCUCGCCUCUUCCUCCAGAUCACUACGCCCCACCCUGAGACCGCGCAUCCAAAUACGACCAUCCUCGUCCUCCUCCGCCCCUCCCCCGACCGGCCCCAGAUUCACCACCGCCAAGCCCAAAUCAGAAUGGAAGAAGCCAACCACUAUCCUGUUAAUGAUGGUUCCUUUUGUGACGGGAUACUUGGGCUGGUGGCAGAUCCAGAGACUGAGGUGGAAGCUCGAUCUGAUCGACGAGGUGGACAGAAAUAUGGAGAAACCGCCGAUGCUGCUACCUAGCCAUAUCAAUCUCGCUGCUAUUCCCGACUUCUCCUUCCGCCGCGUUCUCGUCAAAGGUCAAUUCUCUGGCCCUCCCAUCCUGCUCGGCCCUCAUACCUACGACGGUAUUGCCGGCUACCACCUCAUCCUCCCAUUCCACCGCUCAGACGGUGGCUCCACCAUCCUCCUCAACCGCGGCUUCAUCACCACCACUCGCGCCACUGCUAUCCGUAAUCGCUCGCAGUCUGUCCCAGGCUUGACAGCCGAUGGGCAAUCGACAGGGGAGGAAGUCGUCAUUGAGGGCUUGCUGCCGAAGACGGGCGAGAAGAGUGGUUUUACCCCGGACAACAAGCUGGAGACGAAUGAGUGGUUCUGGAAAGACGUGGAUUUGAUGGCGGAAGUGGCAGGGGGGGCGGAGCAGAAUGUGCAGCCGGUACUCGUCGAUGCCAUCGCUGAACCUGAGAUAUCACCCACGCUCCUCAUGCAGCAGGGUACCCCUGUCGGUAGACCGCCCGUUGUCGAGCUCCGAAACCAACACGCCCAAUACGCCGCUAUCUGGCUUUCUCUGUGCGCGUCAACAACAGUCAUGGUGGGGUGGAUCCUCACCAAGGGCCGCGCAGGAGGGAAAGGCUCGGCAGGGAAGAGACCGAAAUUGUACUAGACCUUGACAGUCGUCAUUCUGUCAAGUAUCCUCACACGUCAGCAUCAUGCAUCGCAUCAUCCAUGGCUACAUCAAACAUGGUUGCGGCGCCGCUACUGCUGACUCGCUCGAGGAUGAAAGGCAACUCGCUCGUAUGGGAUCGUAUGGGGCCACGCGGAGAUGCGUCCAUGUCCGCCGGCCGCCUUGCUCGGCCUCGGCGUGCGUCCGGUUCAGGUCCGGUUGUACGACGCUGUUGUGCAAGCUCGGCGUAUCUGUGCUUCUGCGACGAUUUCUGUGGGUAUAUAUACCGCCUAUGCAUUUCUCCCA